GGAAAACAUUUACCAAGACAAGCUCUUUCAAAAGAAGCGCUGGGCGGGGCAACCCCACGUUGCCUGGUUACACGGGAUGUGACGGACGGGGUCCUGAGCGCGUGGAGCAGGCUGGGUAUUUAAGGCCUGGCGGGGCGCACGGCCGAUCAUGUGUCCGUCGGGAGGGCGGGGAGGAGGGGUCAGGGACCGGCUUAGGCGGCUUUUUAGGCAGGCGUUGGAUCGUGAGUUGCCGCCAGUCUCCCUGCUCCUUCCGGCUGCCCUGCUGCUCCUGGUGUUCGUGUACUGCUUCCCCCUGCUCAGCGCCCUGCUGCUGUGUGUGCUCGCCGGCUGCGUUUACUGGAGCUCCGGGGGACGGUUGUGGAGAUUCCCGGAGUGGAGACACCGUGCUGGCGGAGCGUUCGGUGGACGGCAGAGACCCGUACAGUACCGGAGGGUGAGGGAGCCGGUUGUCAAGUGGAGUCCGAUCUCCUUGUUGUUACUGAUGGGGAGCUACCUGGGGAAGGAAGAGCCCCCGGCCCGGGCAAUCGGCCGAGGGACCCGGGACCUGAAAGAGAGGUUAACCAGACCGAAUCCCACGGUGCUCACCCCGGCCAGGCGCCUGUCCUUCAGGGAGACUCCUGUUGUAAGUAACCGGACCUAUAUGAGCCCACGCAGGCGGUACCCUACCCACCAACCCCAAUACAGUAUGCCGGGAUCUCUUCCUACCGUCUACUUAGAGGGCUUUCCCAGAAAAGCUGUGCUGUCUCCUAAACACUUUCAGAUGCGAAGUCCUGUGACCGUGAAGAUUGCACGUCCUGAUCUCAAUAUCACUCGUUCGCCAGUUUUAAACAGUCUGUUGUCUCCUCGCCUGGCCUCUCCAUCAGCUGCAUGUGCCCCCCCAGAUCCUUGUGCAAAGGAGACUGUUCUUAAUGCCAUCCGGGAGAGCAGAAAGAGAAUAAACAAAGAUGAAGAAUACAGUGCUGAUCGGGGGAUAGAGAACAAGAGAAGGAGACAGGUUAGCAGUGGAAGUGGAGGGUCUACAUCUGAAUCUCCAGAGGUUAAUGGUUCCUUGUCUUAUGUCUCCAAGUCUGACACAUUGAAAAGAGCCCUGAAUAAGCAUCUGCUGGAUGAGACUGUUAACAAGCGCUCCCGUACCUCCUCCAAUAGUUCACUGAGUAGCUGCGCAAUGAAUGGAUUCACGAUGCCGACACACAAUGCAAUCACCAGCUCCUUCAGCUCUAGCAGAGUACUCCUACAGAAAAGAAAGAGAAAUUGCCAGAAUACAUCUGUAAUUUCAAGCCCGCCCUUGUCUCGAAGCCAAACGCCAGACCUAUCAGCCAAAAAGGCCAGAGAAGAACUGCAUGACUCAAGCCAGUCUACUCCUGUAAAGUCCGACAGCAGGGACCAGUCUGGGCAGUUCAUCGAAACUCCUUCCUCAAAGUCGUCUACAUUAAAUUCAUCUGUUGAUAAUGGAAGUGGAGGGCCUCGUAGGAAGAAGGUUUUGUUGGUCUGCUCAGGGCGUGGGGAACAGUACCCACUGCCUCCUCCACCUGUGGUUGGAUACAACAUUACAUCAAAGGAUUUGGAUUCUGAGAAAAAAGCAUUUUUGCAGAGGCUUAACAAGGCACUGGAAGAAACAGCUGAUACUAUCCCUACCAGCUCGGCGCCAUCUACAGUAACUACUAUAGCAGCAUCACCACUCUUUAGUUUAGCUACAGCAUCCUCCACUCUGACGUCCCAGACCUCUACAGUGAGCAGCAACCCCUUACUACAGAGUCUAGCAAAAAUGCAGAACAAGGAGGAAUCAAAAGGUGAAGACCAUGUCAUUCUCAAACCUGUACAGGCUGUUGCUGUAGACGUUCCCAAUAACAAAGUUCCCAUGCUGGGCUUGUCUUCUCCUAAAGAUGUUUUGGGUGCCUCUCAGAAUGUUUCCCUCACGCUGACUUCCCAACCAGUUGCAGCCGUGCUCAGCACCUCAACACCUCAACCAGAUGCUGGUGUCCAGAACAAACCUGAAUCAAAGAGUAGUCUUCUCCAACUACUUACCCAACCUUCAGGAAGCAAUUCACAAUCUAGCUUUAAGCCGCUAUUUCCCAGUAAUGUGAAUGCUAAUCCACCAAGUGUUUCCUCCAGUGCACCAUCAAUGCCCUCGGUCUCUUCAACAAAUACUUUUAAACCAAUAUUUGGAGAACAAAACGUGCAGCAAAAUCAACCUGCCAGUACAUUUAAACCAAUAUUUGGGGACUCGACACUUCAGCAACCUGCUGCGUCUGCAUCCCCCUUCACAUUCCAGGUGAAUUCUAAUCCCACAUCCACAGCGCCUCCAUCUUUUUCUGGAUUUGGAGCUACAGUGACCAGUACAACUCAAAGCACGGAUGGCGCUGCAAAGCUGUCCCUUCCUCUCCCCACGUCCAGCAGUGCCACCCCUAGUUUUAGUUCAGCCUUCACUGGGGGUGCAACCUCUAGUAGCGCACCUGCGUCUGCUCCUGCUAACACAUUCUUGGGAAGCAGCACAAGUUCAGAUUCUCAGACAAAGACAACGUAUGUAUUUGGGCAAGCGCCUACCUCCCAAACACCUGGUUUAAACAUGUUUGGGAAUACACAGAUCGCUCCUACGUCUCAACCCACACAGCCACCCAUGUUUGGGUCUACAGCUUCUGCAUUUUCAGCUGCACUGAACCCCAAUCCACCACCUUUCCCUGCUAGCUCCAGCACAGUUACUUUUAACAGUAGCUCAGUGAGUAGUGUACAAGCAAACAAACCAGCCACUAAUCCCCUUGCUAACUUUGGGACUUCUGGAGGUCAGACUACAUUUGGAUCAAGCACUCAGUCUACUUUUGGGAGCAGCUCUCAAACAGCAUUUGGUGCAAAUUCCCAACCUGCAUUUGGUUCAAAUCCAUCUUUUAAAUUUGGAUCUGCUUCUGCAACGACAAACCCAACAGCAUUUGGCACAAUGAAUAGCACGCAAACAAACAGUACCCCUGCAACAAACCAGUUUAGUGCUGCAAAGCCCUUUAACUUUGUGGAAAAGAACACUGCUGUAACCUUUGGUACAACUGCAAGCACUGUGCCUGCCCCAGUCAUGAAUUUUGGAAACUCUUCUGUGGCUCAGAAUAGCACAUCUUUUAGCUUUGGGACCCCAGGACCAACAGAAAGCAAGCUUUCAUUUGGAACACCUGCUACACCAUCAUUUGGUCAAAACUCCUCCCCUGCACCUGUUAACUUUGGGACGCCUACACAAUCUUUUGGCAGCUCCAGCGCCUCAUUCGGUCAAGCAAAUCCUGGCUUCUCAAUCGGAGUGAACUCUAAGCCUUCAGGCGCUCGGCAGCGACUAAUGGCACGGCGCCAGCAUACACGGAAGAAGUAGAUACAGAUCUGUAUUCCCCAUUCCCCCCCCCCCCCCUUUUUUUUGGAACUAAAUGUACUAUCUUUGUACACAAUCGGGACGGUUUUCUUGCAAUAAGAAAAACCAACCGCUGUGAAGUUGAACCUAAGUUGGGUAUUUUUUUUCUCUCAAGGAAAGGUCCAGUGCUUAUUUUUGCUAACCUUUCCUGAUUCUUCAUGGAGUGAUAUGGCUACUGUAACAUGCAUAAUGACACUGCCAAACACUUCCAACUGGUUUUUGCUCAUGUUGGACCAUUGCCACCUUGCUUUAGCACUUUCUCAUCUGGACAUGGUGACCAUCCUGUGGCUGGGAGCAGCAGCAUUCUACCCUGACCCGACUUCUGUAGAACUGCUUAUACUUCAGUUUUUGUUUACGAUUUGAGUCAUAUUUUCUUUUGCAGUGCCUUUUUUUCUUUGCCUGCUUCCUUUUCUACUUGAUCUAGGUAACUUGAUAUUCCAGGUAUUACUGAGUUGCUCAGUAAGGGACGGAGUGCCAAAAGCCUAGACUCGCUGUACCAUGACCAUAGCAAUGUUAAUAAUGAAUAUAGAACAUAUUUUUACCAUCUUGAAACUUAUGCUAUCGGAGGUGACUGACUUGCUGCCUGGUGCAUUGUGUUUCCAGAUGUAUUCAAGGGAAUCGCUCUUUAAAAAAAAAAAAGGACUUCAGCUAUACUAUGUAUUGCAGUAUUCUGCCAUUGCUUAAAGGGGUACUCCGCUGCCCUGUGUCGGAAGCUCCGCUCCCCAGUGUCUGGAAGUUUGUUCCGGACACUGUGCAGGCUUCUG